AUGAAUUUUUCUUUUGCAAGAGAAGAUUACUGCGUUUGCGAGCAUGUAUGGGGACUGCAAUUCGCAGCUGCCAACCAGAAUUCGACUGUCGAUUCUUCGGAAGUUGCUUUUUCAGCGACUGAUAUUGACUUUCUCGAAAAUCUGGCAAACGGGAACGCUGAAAAUCUUCCACCGACGCCCUGGUUCGAACAGAUGAAGAUGAUCGUUUCAUACGGGACUCUUAUAAUCGGCCUUCCAGCGAACAUCCUCAUUCUUUUCAUCACAGCGUUCAACUGGCGAACUAAAUCAUCUUCUUCCUGGCUUGUUUUGAAUCUGGCAGUGGCGGAUUUGUGCUUGGUUGUUUCAGCGUUUUUGACGAUUUUGAAGGCUUCCAAAUAUAAUCGAACGAUCGACGGUGACGUUAGAUUUCCGCAGUUACAGUGCAAAUUUGAUUUCGGAUGUCCGCACUUUUUCGCCUGCGUAUCAUUCUUUUCAAUAUCGGCGAUUGCUUUUGACCGAUUUUAUGCAAUCGUCAGAGCGGGCGUUGGCGACAAUCCUGGAUUUCGAUAUUCGAUGAUUUUCGGCACUGUUUGGACUCUUUCAUUGUUACUGACGUUUCCGAUGUUAUAUUUUGCAAAUGCAAUUAAGAAUAACGACGAGUAUACUUGCAUCGUUGCAUGGACGAUGCAAUCUAGAGACCAGUGUGUAGUUAUGGGAUCAAAUAAGUCUUACAAUUAG